GCGGACGCCCUCUGGAGCCGUAAGCGUGAACAAGGGUCGGGAGCAAGGUACACGAGGCUUCAUUCUUGAGUAAGUCGUCGGCGAAGGAAUUUGGAGUUCGGUGUGGCGGCUGCUGAGGGCGUGAGACUAACCAGGAGCGAGUAGCAGAGUGGAGUGGUUUCAAGAUGAGAUGGCUGAUGGUGGUGAGUGGGGUGGUGGUAGUGGUGAUGGCAGUGGUGGUGGUCAUGAGCCAGGAUACGACCGAUGGCAUGCUCUCGUGUGAUGAGGGCGACGAGACUUGUCAGCCCCUCGCGCGCAUUCGUCACCACUACCACCGAGAAGACGACCACCACCACGGGGAGGGAGAACACACCGCCACCACCACCACCACUACCCCGGGGCCUGGUACUGACACAGACCACGACACAACACUAGACCCACAACCAGAACUCGAGACCACUUUCGACCCUGACCACCACGAGACCACUUUCGACCCUGACCACCACGAGACCACUUUCGACCCUGACCACCACGAGACCACUUUCGACCCUGACCACCACGAGACCACUUUCGACCCUGACCACCACGAGACCACUUUCGACCCUGACCACCACGAGACCACUUUCGACCCUGACCACCACGAGACCACUUUCGACCCUGACCACCACGAGACCACUUUCGACCCUGACCACCACGAGACCACUUUCGACCCAGACCACCACGAGACCACUUUCGACCCAGACCACCACGAGACCACUUUCGACCCAGACCACCACGAGACCACUUUCGACCCUGACCACCACGAGACCACCGAAGAGGCAGACGACGAGACCUACCCCACCUUACCCCCAGACGAUGAGACCACCCCGAGCCCUGACAACUCGCUGGCCAGACAAGGGAGGAGGAAGUCUAGGGUUCCUCCCGCUGUCGGUGCCGAAAAAUACCCGCCAAGGUUCGCCGGCCCAACUGCGCGGCGCCCCAAGAACCCGCGCCCCCCAGGCCUGCCCGCGAAUAUUCUGUGGCAAGUCGUCUUCACGGUCAAGAAGGCGAGGUACACGAAGGCUAUCACCAAUGACUUGAGGCUGACCUUCUCGGAGAUGCUGUUCAACGUGGGCGACGCUUACCUCAAACGCGGCGUGUUCUUCUGCCCGUCCGACGCUGGCUACUUCUUCAGCUUCCACGCCACCGCCAGGAAGGGCUACGGCUUCAAUCUGGAGCUGCGGCUGAACCGGCAGUACGUGGUGGGGUCGCUGGUGAGCAACGGCACGAUGGAGCGGGGUUCGAACUCGGUGUUCCUGGAGCUGGACCGCAACGACCUGAUCUCGCUGCACCUGCGGAAGGGCGGCGCCAUCCAGGAGGGAGCCGACGCCUACACCACUUUCACGGGCUUCAUCUUCAGCCUCAGACGGCGGAACGAAGUCUAGGGGAUCGCUGGUCCACUUUUAUGGUUGUUUGAUUGUGUGUGGGGCAGCUAAACAGUAAAAGUAUAAAAGUAA